AUGGCAAGACGUGGAGCAUCAUCAUCUAGAUCAUCACCAAAGGCACCAACUACUACCACUGCCUCUAAACCAACACCAGCACCAACCAACACUCACAACUCUGCACCACACCAACCAGCACCAGUUGUAGUUCAAGGUCCAGGUAUCCUCUCAACUAUGGCUUCUUCAAUGGCCGGUGCUGUCGCCGGUAACGUCAUCGGUCACGCUUUGGUCGGUGGUGUCAGCUCAAUGAUGGGUGGUAACGAACCAGCCGCCACUCAAAUCCCAGAAGUCAACAAUAACCAAAACAUGCAAUUGGCCAACGAAAACAACCAAUGCAAUACUAUUUAUAAGUCUUUCAUGACCUGUUUAGAGAAGAACUCAAAUGAUCUCGCUUCAUGUCAAUGGGUAUACGACUCAUACAUUCAAUGUAAAUCAGGAAACAAUGGAGAGAAAUUCUAUUAA